UUUCGAUUUGUUGAGUAUGAACAGUUUUCUUUCUCAAAUUGAUAUGUGUAAAGAUGAAUACAUCAUUUACGAUCUGUAUCGAUAUGUGUAAUAGUCAAUACAUAAUUUAUGAAAUGUAAUGAUGUGUGCAAUGCUUAAUGCAUCUUUUAUGUUUUCUCUGUCUGGAUUAGAAGACACAAUGAACCAGAGACUCCCACUUUUCUUUCUUUCUUUACUUUGCUAUUUUGUCAUUCUGCUGGUCAAUAUUGCUCUAAUUCUUACCAUAAUAGUAGACAAACAUCUUCAUGAACCCAUGUACAUCUUCCUGUGUAAUCUCUGCAUCAAUGGACUUUAUGGGACGGCCGGAUUUUACCCCAAAUUCUUCUUUGAUUUGCUGUCCUCUACUCAUCUCAUAUCCUAUUCUGAGUGUCUUGUACAGGUCUUUGUCAUAUACUCCUAUGCUGCAGGGGACUUCUCUAUUCUGGCUCUGAUGGCUUAUGACAGACAUGUGGCUAUAUGUCGCCCUCUAGAAUACCUAUCAAUCAUGACUAAAGAGAGAGUUGCCUUUCUAGUAUGCAUGUCUUGGGUUGUACCCUUGUGUCUUGAGGUUGUUGUAAUAUUGAUGACAUCAAUGCUAGAAUUAUGUGGGUCUCACAUAGAUAAACCCUAUUGUGCCAACUGGUCCAUUGUUAAACUUUCUUGCACCUCAACAACCACCAACAAUAUUGUUGGUUUUAUAACAAUCCUUUUCUACUUUUGCCAUUAUGUGUUUAUUAUUUGUACAUAUGUGACACUUGUCAAAACAUGUUUAAGAUCCACAGAAGGGAAGAAAAAGUUAAUGCAGACAUGUCUCCCACAUUUACUCUGUCUACAAAAUGUCUCCAUUGCCUUACUGUUCGAUCUUUUGUGCACUCGAUAUGGAACACAAUCUGUACCACAGAAUCUCAGGAACUUCAUGGCUGUACAGUUUCUUGCCUUUCCUCCUAUUCUCAAUCCUCUCAUUUAUGGACUGAAUCUCAGUAAAGUUCGAAACAGACUUGGAGGUUUCUUAAAGACCAAGUAGGUUUUGAACAGUCCACCGUGAACAGAUUGAUCCAACUUGGAGGCUAUUCUAUAAUAAUUCCCCUAAGUUUCACGUCAUGUCUUACAAUAUGUUUGAUAAUAGCCAAGGAGGCUGGCGCAAUACCUAUAAAUAAUAUACAUAUGUACCUUUAACAAAGAAGUGUUAAUCAUGUAAACCUAAACUUUGCAGUAGUGAGGAGCAUGUUGCAAGACCAGAUGAACAAAGUAAAUGUUUCUUUAAAGGUGUGUUUAGCGGUUCCUACUUUAUGAAUCAAUGCAUUGUUGUUAUUUAAUAAAAAAAAUGAUAACUGGUAAUCUGCUUUACAGAAAAAUGCAAGAGCUGUCCAGACUAAGAAUUUUGUCAUCCGUCUCGACCACAUAUAAAUAAAAGUUUAUUUUUAUAAACUUUUAUUUUCUUUUUAAGUGUUUUGUUUAUUCUUCAGCAUUGAUUUAUAAUGUGUAAUCAUAUAUAUUAUAAGGGAUGCAAAUCUAACUAGUAGGCCUACUUGUUUCGUAGUUGCUUUUGUUUUGGUGAAGAAAAAUACGCAAUUGCUUCAUCCAAAUGACACAUAUCGAAAGUCAGUUUGAAAGGGGUCAUUUCAGGCCACAGGGUGAGUGUGAUAAGCCAUUCUGCAUUUUCCUGUAUUUAGUGACAUCACAAGUGGGACUGUCCACCUUCAUGUAAGAUGGAUAGAAAAACAACAUUUUCUACAGUGCACUGGGUAGGCUGGUAGACUACAUCUAGGUGGUCACUAAAACAGGAAAAUGCAGAAUUUCAAAUAGCUUGUAACGGCUAAUCGAACUCACCACUGGUGGCAUAAUAUCACCCCUUUAAUAUCUAUUAUAUACAGUCUUUUUGAGUUACACCAACAGUAUUUUUGGGAGAAAUUUAGGGGACUUUACAAUUCAGUCCAAUUCAGGGUUGAGUUCAUAAUUUGUUGCGGUACACAUUCAUAUGGACAUUGGAAGACAAACAAACAUCUUCUGACUGCGAUAGCACCAACACAUUUUUAUCUGGUAAAAGUUAAUGUCUAGUUUAUCUGGCUGACAAUACGUUUAUUAUGUCCAGUUUGCUGCAAACGUUGUGGAUGGUGUCUGAGAUGACACCAUCCACAACACAAGGUUAGUCAUUCAUUUGCAAGUGAUGCUUUCUGUUACGUUAUGUGGUGUAAUAAUAAUAAUAAUAAUAAUAAUAAUAAUUAACUCAAUGUGUUUAGCACUUUUCCAACCAGAGAGCAGAAAUAAACUGAUAAAUAAGUAAAUAAAACAAAUAAAACAAUGAGAAGGUAAAUGUCAGUCAAACAAGGUAAUUAUAUUUAUUAAAUUAAAAGCAGCAGAGAACAUUGCAAAGCUAUUUAAAUGCUAGGCUAAAGAUAUAAGUUUUAAGUUUUCCUUUGAAAAUAUCUGUUGAGCUGGCUUCUCUGAUGCAAUGAAUCAUAUUUAUCAAACAGUGCCACCUUACACUCAUGCUUUAUCAUGUCAUUUUCUCAUUUCAGCUGGAAUCAAAAGACCUGGGGCCUCAUGUACUAA